CACAGCGCGUGCCUGAGGAGACCUCUGCGUGGAGAAACCCAAACCUCCAGCAUGGUGAACAGGAGGCGACACGGUUCACGCGCACAUUCACAUCAGCGCCGCAGCCCUCCACCAGCCCAGACUCUGAGACAACCAGCAGUCUUUGCUAAAGCAUCAGGCUCUGAUUCUGAUGUCCCUCAUGAUAAGCUGACCUUAGCCCAGGCCCGGCGGGGCACUCCUGCUCACCGGCCUGUGAGAGUCUACGCUGAUGGAAUCUUUGACCUCUUCCACUCUGGCCACGCACGAGCUCUAAUGCAAGCCAAGAAUCUGUUCCCCAACACACACUUGAUUGUUGGAGUAUGUAAUGACGAGCUGACACAUAAGUAUAAAGGCUACACAGUGAUGACUGAAGCUGAGCGCUACGAGGCCCUCAUCCACUGCCGCUACGUAGACGAGGUUGUCCGCAAUGCCCCAUGGACCCUCACACCUGAGUUCCUGAAGAGGCAUAGGAUUGACUUUGUAGCCCAUGAUGAUAUCCCAUACACUUCUGCUGGAUCAGAUGAUGUCUACAAACAUAUCAAAGCAGCAGGAAUGUUUGUAGCCACUCAGAGGACAGAAGGCAUCUCCACCUCUGACCUUAUCACACGUAUAGUCCGAGACUAUGACGUCUACGUCAGACGGAACCUCCAGAGAGGCUACACAGCCCGGGAACUGAACGUUGGUUUUAUCAAUGAGAAAAAGUAUCGUCUGCAGAACCAGGUAGAUAAGAUGAAGGAGACGGUGAGGACGGUGGAGGAGAAGUCCAAACACUUAGUACACCGCGUAGAGGAGAAGAGCCACGACCUCAUCUUCAAAUGGGAGGAAAAAUCUAGAGAGUUUAUUGGGAACUUUCUGGAACUCUUUGGUCCUGAUGGAGCGUGGCAUAUGAUCCAAGAGAGGAGUGGUCGUGUGCUCCAGGCUCUGUCUCCAUACCAGUCUCCCCGCAGCUCACCCAGCAGCAGCCCCACUAGAGGGCGCUCUUGCUCUCCCCCAACCUACUGACCCCUAUCACCACCAGCUAAAGGAGCCCCCAUCUUUAGCAGUGAGGGAGACAAUGAGAAGCAGUAAAUGUGCACACAUACACACACACACACACACACGUAUAUACAGAGGCACUAAAAAGUAUUUGGACUCUAUAACCCUUUAACCAUUGGUGAAAGUCUUUAGUUACUUCAUAAAAUAGUUAGCAAAAUCAUAUUUGUUUCUGAGAGAAACACUUUAAGCACAUCAAACUGAUGGUAGAGUUUUUGGCUGACAAAAAAAAAAGAAUUCUAACCGGACAGCACUAAGAUUUCUGUAAAGUGCAGAUGUGGAAAUGGCUUGGGGCUGUUUCUCUUGUGUUUAUGGGAUCAAUAACUCAGAAGCAUUCAAAGACAUUUAGGGUGCAAAGCUUUAGAAGUCUGCAAAGAAACUGCUUAAACAAUAAUGAUCUGAAACACACCAGCCAUGUUUUCAAAGUAUACUUUGCCAAAAAAUGCCACUCGGUUUUAUGUUUUGUCUCCUCACACAAUGAACUCAAUAUAUUUUGAAGUAUGGAACAAAUGUCCAAAUACUUUUUGUGACCACUAUAUUACAAACAGUGAAAUCCAAAAGUCUGAGAUCACAUUUUUCACUGAAACCUGGAAAUAAACAGCAGCAAAUUGUAGAAUCCUGAAAAAUUUAAAACAAAGAAAAGUUAUGACAAAAAUAAAGAAGAACUAAAUUCUGCACUAUUUCUAGGUCACUAUUUACACUGAAGCAAAUUAGUGAAACUGACCAUUUUAAGGCCUUUGUACAAAGAUUUUUUUUAGUUUUAAAAAAAAAGAUUUUUUUAGUUUUAUUCCUUCCUUUGAAACACGUUUAGACGGCUCCCAGCUGGGUUUGAUCUACUGAUCAGAGGCUUUUGCUCAGACUUAUGGAAUUCAUGCCAGCUCAAGUGCACAUUAAAGCAAAAAGGGGACCAAAUACCAAAUACUAAGAAAUUCUGAAUUUUAUUUAAACAUUCAAAGAUUCUACUUUCUACUUAAAUUGUCAUGCUAAUAGCAUAAUUUGUAAUGAAAAACUCUGUAUUCAAAA